AUGACGUUUGAUUCCACUAAUUUCCAAAGUUUUACACCAUUCUUGGUGCCAUUUGAUUAUUUUAACCACAAAACUGCCAAAGAAGGAUCUGACGAACUAAAGGAGGAGCUUAUCAAAAAGGAAUACUUUGGCGAGAUCUUGAAAGCCAAUGUUGGUUUUCUGACAUCUCCGACAGAUGUGAGCCGAAACCAACAGCUGUCGAACGAGUCGUACAUCAGGCAAUCCAAAGAAAUAUCGAAGCUUGAAGACUAUUAUUUUCAUAAGCUUAAUUUCAAUGAUAGACUCUCAACGACACUGUACUUUGAUCAGCUGGUGCAAUCUAGUUGCAUUGCUGAUUCGUUCAUGAACAAUUCAGGCGCAUUUUCUUUCAAUGUGUCCCACAAGUACAUCGAAAAUGAAAGAAUCUGGAACGCUCGAAUGCAUUUAGAUGCCUUUAAAAAUAUUAUUGAAAAUAUAGACAUCAAUCUUGAUGAUAAGUCGCAAUUUCCCGGAGACAUUUCCAUGCUAAAUAAGAACCUGGAAUUAUUGAAGGUUGAUGAAAGAAACUUUUCAAAAUCUAAACAUCAAAAAGAACUGCUGGAGGCUCCUGCCUCUCCUGAAGCUCGUCGUCCUUCUCGUGAAUCAGUGAAAAAUAAUAUUGAAUUGGGAGAAUUACGUCCAAAGCAGUCCUUCAUUGAUACCCACAAAUAUUCUUCAGAUGCAGCCCUUCCAGAAGUAAAUACCGUUCCUUUAAUGAAUGACGUUACCAAUAUUUCGUCAAUGAUAGAUGAUCCCAACAUUGGUCUCAAGAAUUUGAAUAAAGUCGAUGAGGAAUUGGCAAAGGCUGCCAAUCCUGGGGCAGUGACCAAAAAAAGAGUCGAUAUGGCCAACCAAACUAGAACCCGGGAAUUCAAAAACAAUUUCAUCAAUUACUCCUAUUGUCCAACCAUAUAUGGUAAAUCCCCUAUCCCAUCAUUAAUCCAUCAUACAUCAUUGGCCAUUGGUAAUAAAGUGUUCAUGUUUGGAGGGGUGAAAUUGAUUUUUGGUGAGAAACUUUGCGACAUUUCCACAAUUAAAGUCAAAGGCCCUGAUUAUCCUUUCCCUUUCAAAAAUGAAGUGUUAAACAAUCCAGUUUACGUUAAUAAUGACCUAUUGUACGUGAUGGAUGAUGAAACUAACAUUAUUACCACUCCAAAGAUUUUUGGUGAUGUUCCUCCUGCUUUAUGCUGUGCAAGUGCCACCUUGAUCAGUCAAAGACAUAUUUUCUAUUAUGGAGGAUUUCAAAUUACUAGUAAAGUGGCUCAACCUAUUGAUAUUGAUGAUCAAUAUGAUAUCGAUGGUAAUGGAACUCGGUAUUUUGAAAGAGAUUUCGUGGUAAACAACAAGGCGUGGAUUCUCGAUACCGUGACUUUUAAAUUUCAACAAAUUAAAUUGGUUCCAGAUGAAAAUGCAGCCCUUAAGGUUCCUAUCAAGCUUGAAAGAUUCGGGCAUUCGACUCUUGCGUCAGAAAUGAAGUUCAGUAAAAUGAUUGGUAUGUUGACUUCUUCUCAUAUGAAUUUCUUUGAUAUGAAUAAUAAGCAAUCGUUUCAGAAUAUCGGCUCGAUAAAUAAAUACACCACAUCAUUAUACGUUUUUGGUGGCUACAGCUACAACACUCUGACGAAAAAAUUUUCUUGUUCCAAUUAUAAUUGGAAGAUUGAUCUCUCCUUUGUCAAUGAUGGUACCAGUAACGUGUUGAGAUUCGAAGAAGAGGGUCUUUAUAGUUGCCUUGAAUCAGUUAAUGAAGGCCCAACUCCAAGAGCAUUCCACGCGUCAAUUUUAUUGAACGAAGUUCAAAUCAAUGGGAAAACUCAUCAUUUUGCUGCCAAUUCUUCUAUGGGGAUCCAAAAUCCCGAGAUGGACGAUUCCAAAAUUAAUAAGGUGAUGAUGAUUCAUGGUGGUACCAAUUUGAGUAACCUAUUUGGAGAUUUUUGGAAAUAUACUUUUGGCACUAAACGCUGGGAAAGAAUCAGGGCAAGAUCCAACGAGUUUGAUGAAAAUGCUGCCCCAACAGGCGAAUUCAUUGAUUGUGAAUUACAUAGAGCAAACCACCUGAUGAUAAUGCUCGAUCAAUAUUUGUUCUUCAUUGGAGGCUUCACCGAAGAAUACAUUAGAAAAGAACUAAUAAAAGCCAGGCUUCGGUAUAACAGUAGCAAUGUCACAGGUUAUAAGAACUCUUGGGGUCAUGAUGCGCAUGAAGUGGCAAAACAACUAGUUAUGAUUCUGAGAGGUGUAUACCUUCGAGUAAUCAUGAUGGAUUUAUCGACCAACACUUGGAUUUUCGCCAAGUGUAUCCACAAGCUAUCGAGUUAUGUGGAUUAUGAAGAAAUCUUCACUAACAAAGAAAAUCCUCUUCCUUUAGAAUUAUUCAAACGCCUCAGAGUUGCCAUCGACGAUAGCGAUCGGGAAGAUUUCAGAAAGAUUGUGUUACUGAAUAGAAGCUAUUUUGAUGAAGCUACAUUGAAGAAAUUGGCUUUCGUUUGGCGAACCAAAGGUAUGGUUACCAAUACUAUGAAUCUUUUGGGAGGCUGUAUUUGUUUUUCGGAAGGCAAAGUCUACUGUAUUGGGGGAUUAUUGCUUGGAAAUGAUGAUGAUUUCGAUUCCUCUCGCGAGAAUAAUUCGCCAGAAGGUAGUUUCUCCAAUUUUGUGCUACGAGGCGUACCAUUGACAGUUAUAAUGACCUUAGUUUUGCCUAUCUUUGCCCAGCUGUCCCUUUCGUCUUACCGUUCUUUGGUUGAUAAAUCUUAA